AAACGAAAUGUCAAAAUGUUCAAUUCUUUGCCAUUGAUAAGUUGCACUAUGAUGUUUUCAUUUUAUUAAUCUAUACCUUAUAUUGAUAUUACCAUUAAUAAAUUAUAGAUUAAGAAAAAAGCUCUUUAAACUACAUUAAGGGAUAACAAAAAUGGUUUCCAAGAAAAAGAAAAAGUACUCUUCUGGAGAAGGAGCUCAGUUUAUGACGAGAAAAGCCGCUCUCAAAAAAUUGCAGUUAACAUUAAAGGAUUUUCGACGUAUCUGUAUUCUUAAAGGAAUCUAUCCAAGAGAACCCAGAAACCGUAAAAGAGCUCAGAAAGGUGCCGGUGGCAUCAAAACGUUAUAUCAUACUAAAGAUAUAAAAUUUCUUCUACACGAGCCCAUAAUAUGGAAACUGCGAGAGUUAAAAGUAUAUCAACAGAGAAUUCGCCGAGCAAGAGCUAUGAAGAAAUAUGGACAAAUGAAGAAAUAUUUCAGAGACUACCCAGACAUGAACAUAGAUCAUAUAGUAAAAGAACGCUAUCCUACAUUUGUAGAUGCAUUGCGAGACCUUGAUGACUGUCUUACCCUUUGCUUUCUAUUCAGUACUUUUCCAUCUUUACGACGGGUCCCUAGAGAUCAAUCAUUACUGUGUAGAAGACUCACUGUAGAGUUCAUGCAUGCUGUUAUAGCAGCAAAGGCACUUCGUUAUGUGUUUGUAUCAGUCAAAGGUUAUUAUUAUCAAGCUGAAUUUGAAGGUCAAACUAUUACAUGGAUUGUACCACAUCACUUUGCAUUUCAGCCACAAAGCAAAGAUGAUGUUGACUUUAAAAUAAUGUCAACAUUUGUUGAGUUCUACAUUACAAUGCUGGGAUUUGUAAACUUUAAACUGUAUCACUCACUCAAUCUUGUAUAUCCUCCAAAAUUGACAUCUGGAUUCUCCUCAAAGUCUGACAAAGACCUCAUUGAUGAAAGAGCCUAUGUGUCAGAGAGAAUAGCUGCUAUGAAUAUUCCACUUGUUAAAUUGUCUGGUGUUGGUGAGACUGAGGAGGUACCAGAAAUUGACAUAUUCAACACAGAAGACGAUCCCCAGAAAUUAGAAGAAGCUAAGCUAGAAGCUGAAAAGAUAAAAAAGUUAAAAACUUUGUUCGAUGGCAUUAAGUUCUAUAUUAACCGAGAAGUACCAAGAGAGCCUCUAGUUUUCUUGAUUCGCUGUUUUGGUGGGCAGGUUUCUUGGGAUCGUGACCAUUUUGUUGGAGCGACAUUUGAUGAGUCUGAUGAAUCUAUUGCUUACCAAAUAGUUGAUAGACCAAGUAUGGAAAAGCAAUACCUCUCACGUUAUUAUGUCCAACCACAAUGGGUAUUUGAUAGUGUCAAUGCUAGGACACUGCUACCAAUAAAUAAAUAUCUUAUGGGAGCUGUUUUACCUCCCCAUCUCUCUCCAUUUGUCGACAAAACUAAAGAUCAGGUUUAUAUUCCACCUGAACAAAGGGCUCUUAAUGAUCCUGAAUUCAAACCAUUGGAUGACGAUGAUGAUGAUGGUGAAAUUGAAGAGGCCAGUGAUGAGGAUGAAGCAGACCAGAGCGACAAGGAAUCUGAGAUUGAUGCUGAAGAAGCUUUGGCCAAACAAUAUCAAGAGGAAGUGAAACAAGAUUCAUCUUCUGAUGAGGAUGAAGAGGAUGAUACAAAUUCUGAAAAAAAGAAAUUGGCUAAAGAGAAGAAAAAAGCAAUGGCUGUUACAAGUGGUGUUCCUCACAAAGAACAUCCCUAUUUGAAAGAAAUUGAAGAUAAGCAAGCAUUCAGAUUACGAGAGAAACUUGUUCGUAAAAAGCAUAGAAAUCUCUACAAGAGCAUGAAAGCUGGGCAAGAGAAAAGGAAAAAGGAAAUAUGGCUUCUGAGAAAGAAGAGAAGGCUCCAUGAUGAAAAAGUCAAGGAAGAAAAGAAAACUGAAAAACGGAAACAGAAAAUGCAAGCAUUAGAAGCAGCUUGUUCUUAAAUGUCAAAAAUAAAUACCACAAUUACUAAA